GUCGUUCGGUGUUUUUUGUGGUGUAUGUGUCUGUGAGUGCAGUUAAAGAAUGAAAAUUUUUCGUGUGCUUUGAUUGUAUUUUUAAAUCUAGAUCUUAUCUCCACACAAUAAUUAGCAAUCUAUCUAAGCAUCGAAUAACAACAUCCAAUUACUUUCAGGAAAUCUAAUUCCUUAAAAUUGUUAAUUUUGUUUUUAUCCAGGGUCUUAAGCAUUUAACCCGCCAUGUUGUUUCUUUUCCGAAGUGAUAGUUGCAUUUAGAAAUUUUUGUUUUUUUCCGUCAAGAAUUAAACUCUUCAUCAGGUUUCUCAUCUCGUACACGCAGCCAUGUACCUCACAUCAGUCAAAAAUGGUGUGGUCUGUUCAUUUUUCCUCUGGUUUAAAUGUCCUUUUUGAAUGCAGAUCAUCACUCAACCGUUUUGCUGUUCCUGUGUUGCCCAGAGCAUAUGGCCUCAAGAAUGCUGCAGUUCUAAUAUGAAUCUACAGUAAGCACCUGUAUGGAGUUGUAUAGAAUGCCGCAGCUCAAUAAACCAACUCGAAGGUUUCAUGAGCAGCCGACAGAUGAAUAUCUCAACCCAGCUGUUCACCACGAUAGGCCUGUUCCGGAGUUCAGCAGUGUUGUGAAACCAACUGUUGGUGUGGAUAUUCUGAGUAGCUCAGCAUGGAGCGCUGUUGUGCAUCAUCCAGCCGAGGACUCCGAACCGGAAGAUCUUCCAUCUACGGUCGAUAUGGAUGCUAUCAAAGAGCCAGCUACUCCAAUGCCUGGUGCACCGAUGACUCCCUUAACCCCUGCUCCUGCAAAUGACGGUGAUACAGAUAGUACUGAUGGAGACUCUGAUUCUGACAGUGAGACAACUGGUUCAAAUUCUGAGUCAGAGGAUAAGGAUGAAUCAGGAAGUGACUCAUAUAGUGCAAGCGGUAGUGAUUCUAGCAGUGAAAGCAACGAAAAUAGCAUAGCCGGUGACCAUGCAGGCAUUCUUGGAGAUGCAGACUCUGACUCGGAAACAGAAUCAACUGCGCCAUCAUCAUCAUCUCGCUUUCCAUCAAGAGAAACAAACAAUGAUCAGUCUGCCGGAAAAUCAAAGCAGUCACAAUCGACGACUUCAACUGAUGAUUCUGACUCAGAUUCGCAGCAAUCUGAGAACUCUUCAUCUGAUGAUGAUAGUGACAGAGAUGAUGAUAAUGAUGAUACUGAUGAUUCAGAUGAUGAUGGAGGAAGUGAACACAGAAAGGAAGAGAAAAUUAAGCAACCAACCAAAGAAUUAGAUAAAGAGAAAUCAAUGUCAACAACUGGAAAGCUACAGUUGCAGGAAACCAAGGAAAAAGAUCUAAGCAAAAAUGCACUGGAGGUUGAAAACAGCCGGAAAGUCAACAGUGGCUCUGACGAAGCCAAAGAAUCACAACAACGUAGUGAUUCAACUCGCUCCAAUGUGAGAAGUAGAGCCUUUAAGGACAAAACCAAUGCCAAAGAGUCUUCCUCUAGCUCUGAAUCUGACAAUGAAACUAAAAAAAGGCAACCUAGUCCUGUCGGAACGAAAAAAGUGAACCGCACUUCCUCUCUAUCACAACAAGCUCUUGAAAAGAAAGACCCACUAAGGCAAGCUGUAGAAAAUCGUCAACUGAGGCAGCCUGCCAAAAAAGUCACCAGCAGUAUUAGCAUCAAAGUUGACUCAAGUAAUGAGUUGAAUCCUAGAGUUGUGAAGCGAAAGCGGGGGAGACCCCCAAAAAAUCCGCAGCAAAAUCAAAACAAUGCCAUGAUGCCAGAGUUGGAGGCAUUCAUGCGACUGGACUGUUCUGUGUCUCACGUCUCGCCAGACUCCGGGAUUCAAUCUGUCGCUGGAUCUCCGUCUCAUCAGUCCUGCUCUCCUGCAUCCAAUCCUCCUGCACACUCACCAGCUCCCUCGCACCAUUCCCCAUUUGCUCCCGUUCUCCAUUCACCUGCUCCCAUCAUGUCUUGCAAAGCACCCUUUCCUCUACCCCCUAGUCUAGUUCCGUACUCUUCGUCAGCAAACCCAGCGGUUUUAAAACUUAAUGCCAAAAAUGUUGACCCUGGGAAACUCAAUGCAUCGCCAGCCAGGAGCAGAAAAUACAAGUCUUCAAAUACCGCACACUCCAUAAUGUCAGAUAUUAAAAAUAUGUCUUCAUCGCGAAUUUAUCAAACAAUACAGAAAGAAUGUCAUAAGCGAGGUCCUGGUAGGCCCAAAGGAUCUAAUAGAAAAAACAAGCAAGACAAGAGACAAAGUUUUUCUACCAAAGAUUGCAAGCAAAUCAUUAAAGGUGUUCCAUCCUUUAAUUACUCCAAAAGCAUAGUCAACAUAGUCGAACAAGGAGGCUCCAACCUUUCUAGUUUAUUACUGUCUGGUAAACGAGGGCCAGGACGGCCAAAGAAAAUAUCAAAUCUAGAUUCAAACUCAGCUGCUGUUGUCCAGUUAAACUCUGGCGGAAGAAAUAAAAAAGAAUCAGAUUCAGUCAGCGGUGGCUCAGAAGUAUCUAAAGCUAAAGCUGUUGCGAAAACAGGGGCUGUGGCUCUGCAUGUUAAAAGAGAUCAUUUAGAUGUCAAGAAACUAGUUGAUAAACAAAUAUCAAUCACAAAGAAAAGUUUUCUCACUUUACGGAAGAAGCAAAGGAAGCGGCCUGAGAAUGGGCGGCACCAUCACCACCACCAUCAUAAGAUGAAGCACAGACACAAGCACAAGAGUAAAUCAAAAUUAGGGAGCUUUGAUCCCAAGCUAUUGGUUGAUAUUGAAAAAUUGGUUCAAGAGUUCAGUCGAUCAUGUAUAAUUAAAGAAGAGACAGAUAAAACUUCAUAUUCGCUUUGUCCGACAACAGUUUUGAGAAUGCGGAACCGAGAGAGGCGAAAACGGAAAGGUAGUGAAAGAUCUCGGACUAGUGAUAAAGAGUCAGGCCCGGAAAAUGAACCAGUUCUUAACAAAAAUGGUGCACAAUCAGUGACUUCCGUGCCUGCUCAUCCUCCCCUCGGCAACAACAAAAGGAGAGUGAAAAAAAGCACUAUUGAGGUUCCCAAAAGACAUGAGAACAACGAGCAGCGACUUCCACUGAAAAAGCGUCAUUAUCACAUGUCAUCACAUUCAACUUCUGCUAACCUUUCAGACGCUGAAAAUGAAAGCAAAGUUGAGGGUUCUACUACACAGUCCUCAUCCUCGUCCUCAUCCUCGUCCUCCUCUUCAAAAAUUACAGCUUCAACAUCUGAGAAGUUACAGGACAAAACGAAGAACCGAAACUCCAUUGAAGAUGCCAUUGAAGCCUGCAUUAGCAAAUACUCAAGCAAUCCUAGCAAUGAAGGCCUUAGUAAACCCGUAAUUGUGACGCCUAAAAAGCGGCACAGACUGGAACACAUGAGAAACCUCUCAAAAAAUAAUUUGUCAAGCUCGAAAACGUCAGAAAGCAAUUCUCCAGUGCCUUGUAAGAGGUACACAGUCAGAUCCUUAUCUCAGAAUUAUAACUGGACCCCACGCAAAAGAUCUAGUUCCCGUAGUUCUAGCUUGAACAAGUCCGUGGAGCCAGCAGUCUCUUCACUAGUUAAUAAUCAAGCUCCUGUCAAAAAAACUGUUGCGAAAAAAGCUGAUAUGGUUGUUGAAUCACCAGCCCCAGAAACUGUUAUUCCUGUCACUUUGCCUGCAAAGAAAUCCUCUCCAGAAAAUAGCGAGAAAAGUUUUCCCUUGCGAAAAAAGAAAAGAUUGUCAGCUGUUCCUGAAAAUGCAGCAUCAAGUGAAGAGAAGCCAGUGGAGAAGAGUUCGGUAAAAAAUAUAUUAGCACCCAGUAAUAUCAAUGAACUCGACUUCAAGAGGAAACUAAGGCCAAAAGAGGAAGUAGAAAGUGAUUCAGAAUCAGUUAAAAAGAAAGCUGUCCCCGUUCCUAAAUGGAAGAAAAAAUACUUGGUUGCUGGCUUGUUUUCAAAUUACUAUAAGGUGAAUGAUGUCAAACAGCUAAGUUCUGAUGCUCAAAAUCGGGCGUACAAACCAGAAGAAAGCAAGUAUGGCUUAUUACCUCCGCCUGCGUACUGCAGUAAAUGGGUGAGGCAGAGGCAGGUGAAUUUCACGUUACCCUAUGAUUUGUGGUGGCUACAUAAGAACAAUCAGCUACCUGGCCGUGACACAGUUCCUUCAUGGAAUUAUAAAAAGAUUCGCACGAAUGUGUACUAUGAUGUGAAACCCUCAUAUUCAUACGAAGGACAAGCGUGUAACUGUACUCUCCCAAAAAGUGAAGGAAAACAAAAAGAUCAAAAAGGCUGUGGUGAGGACUGCAUCAACCGUCUGGUUUAUGCUGAAUGUGAUUCAGAAUCUUGUCCAUGCAAGGAAAAAUGCUCUAACCAGAGGAUCCAGAAACAUGAAUGGGCUCCAAACUUAUCAAAAUUCAUGACAAAAGACAAAGGUUGGGGCAUCAAAACCCAAUCAGCUAUCAAAAAGGAUGAGUUUAUUCUUGAGUAUGUAGGGGAAGUGGUCAGUGAGAAAGAAUUCAAGAACCGAAUGAUAUCGCAGUACCAGUAUGACACACACCACUACUGCUUGAACCUGGAUGGUGGACUUGUCAUUGAUGGGCAUCGAAUGGGUGGAGAAGGGCGAUUUGUAAACCACUCGUGUGAGCCUAACUGUGAGAUGCAGAAGUGGAGUGUAAAUGGUCUGUUCCGCAUGGCGUUAUUUGCUCUGCGUGAUAUUGAGUCCGGUGAGGAAUUGACCUACGAUUACAAUUUCUCAUUGUUCAAUCCCUCUGAGGGUCAGCCCUGCAGGUGUGGCUCAGAAAAGUGCCGAGGAGUAAUAGGAGGCAAGUCCCAAAGAGUUGUGAUACCGCAAUCAUCAGCCAGCAGCAGAUCAAGUUCUGCAGCAUCUGUCACAAUCAACAACAAAGCAUUGGAGGACGGAAAGUCGCGGCGCUUGCGCAAAAGUAAUCGAAAAAGCCAUGCCUCCAGCAGGCUCAAAAACAAACAUGAUGCCAAUGGCAAAGCUACAGGAUCCUGUAGCGCCAAUUCAAUUAGUAGUCAACCCAAUCUUAGUACAAGUGUAGCAAUAAGUUUACCCCAAAGACUUAACAUUUUAGGGCCAAUGAAACCUCUCACUCUGCAGCAGAAAACAUUUAUCCAUGCCAAUCGCUGUUUUCUAUUGAGGAACUAUGAAAAAAUUCGAUUGCAGCGCAGUAAUUCAAAACAGUCUUGUCAGCAUAAAUCUAGUAAUAACAACAAUGCAGCACCUGUGGACUCCAAAGUUACUCAACCUGCAGUCAAUAAGUCUGAUGUUUUCAUGACUCAAAUGAAAGCUCUGUCAACACCACGUUCGAUUAAAACACGGCGGUUGGCACUAGCUUUGGAGGAUCCUGAAAUGACAAGAACAGCUAAAUUAGCCUGUGUUUUUAAAUCGCUAUUCAAUGCGGUAGUAUCUGCCAGAGAUGAGAAAAAUGAACUCCUUGCCACUCCAUUCCUGGCAGUACCCACAAAGAAAAAACAACCCGAGUACCAUAAAAAAAUUGCUCAGCCGAUUGACUUUAACACCAUAGAACAAAAUAUUGAUACCGGCGAGUACAAAACUGUAGAGUCAUUUGAUGAGGCCAUUACUCGUGUCUUUACCAAUAACAUCAAGUACUACGGACGAACGUCAGAUCUGGGAAUUGCAGCUGCAAGGUUGAGAAAGAUUUACAACACAGUGAAGCUUGAACACUUAUCCCAACUGGAAAGUAUCAUUGGCGAUAAGUUGACCUCGUACAUUCCUGUCCAAAAGAACCCAGAGGAUGAAGACGAAGAUGUGAUUCGGUGUAUCUGUGGGAUGUAUAACGAUGAAGGGCUCAUGAUUCAAUGUGAGCGAUGCCUUGUGUGGCAGCAUUGUGAUUGUAUCAAAGUUGACACAUCAGUUGAACAUUACCUGUGUGAGCGAUGCAAUCCUCGGGAAGUCAACUAUGAAAUUGCAAUGGACACAGUACCAGAGUAUGCAGAGAAGGGACAGAAGCACUAUGUUACUUUGAUGCGUGACGAUAUGCAGAUAAGGUUGGGAGAUCAUGUUUACGUCCUCCGCGACAUUCCCAAUCCAGAGACAGGGUCACGACAUACUUUCAAGACGCUGCGAAAUUUCAAACACUUUGAUUGUGAUAUCUUCCACAUUGAAAGGCUAUGGAAAAAUGAAGAUGGAGUGCGAUUCGCUUUUGGUCACCACUAUCUAAGGCCACAUGAAACAUUUCACGAGCCGACGCGUAAAUUCUUCUCAAAUGAACUGAUGCGAGUGCCUUUGUAUGAAGUAGUGCCAUUAGAUCUGAUCAUGGGCCAUUGCUUUGUUCUUGAUCUCAACACUUACUGUAAAGGCAAGCCAGCUGGAGCUGACCCAGAGCAUAUCUACAUCUGUGAGUACAGAGUUGACAAAGCUGCAAGGCUGUUUGCAAGGCUUGCCAAACCAAAAACGCCACCUGUUUGUAUGAAAUCAUAUGCCUUUGAGAGAUAUGACACUCGCCUGAAACCAACACGAACCUACAAUCCUCAUGGUGCAAUUAAUAAUCAAGCACCAGUCAAGUCUACAGGAGGAAGUUCCAAUGGUACAGCAACUAAAACUCGCAUGGAUAAAACUCCGACCCUCAACUCUGCUCCUUCAAUGCAGCUUGAUUCCAGUCCUGAAGAAGAUGUGCCUCUUGCUAAAAUUCGGGAAACAGUCAUUGCAUCAAAGAAAUCUCAACAAAAGAAACAUUUGAACACAAUUUUACUUAAACUUCUGGCCAAACAACCUUCGAAAGCACCGCUAGAUGCUUCAUACCUCUUGGAUCCUGGUCGUAGAAACAGGAAAAAGGCAACAACCUCAACUUCGUAAAGACCCCUCUUUCAAAAGAUUGCUUGCAUCGAGUAUUUUCUCCUUCAUCAGCAUCUAGUAUAAGUGGCAGUUGAGCCUCUAAAGCAAAUUGCAUGAACUCUUCAAACCAAUUCAAUUUUCAAGAAAAUGGAUUAUUUUCUUACAUUGCAGUUCUUUUUUUCUUUCAAUGAAUAUUUGUUUCUCAAGAGCACGCUCAUAAAGUAUGUAAGUAACGCAAAAUUUCGGAUUUUUCGACUCUCCAACUCCCCCUUACAUGAUAUGUGCCUUUGUGACGAAGGUCCCUAUUCUUCAUCUUGUAUAAACAAAAUGACAUGAAGCUUUCCUCAACCUCCUCUUCCCUACAAGCAUUAUAUAUUUUAUGAACGGCUCCUAAAUUCAUGCAAGAUGUUCUUUGAAAAUUUGUUUUUUUAAGUCAGGAACCAGGCUUGAACUUAAGUGGGAUCAAUUUUUACCCCAUCCUUGUUCCAUUCUUUUACAUGUUCUGACAAAAAAAGUACGAGUGAGAAUGUCUCAGUGUAUGUAGUAUAAAUAUAGAAAAUCAAAGGAUUCUAUUUUUUCACAACAAUGGACAAAAUCUUGCCAAAGAUGAAAAAUGUCAUCUUAUUUUAGUCUGAAGUCUGUGUUUACUCAGCAGGGAGAUAGAUAUCCAUUUUAUGCUCACAUAACAUGAAAAGUUCAAAAUGAAUAACGCCGGCAAUAAAGAAAGUGUCUAUAUAUGGCAAGAACAGAUUAAUAUGCCUGUGUUAGCUCACUUUGAUAGGACAAAAGCGAAAAAAGUGUGAAGUAAAGAUAUUUGUCUGUUUAGUUUGAAUGAAAACUUCUGGAGGGUACCUGUGCAGCUUCAUUUCUUCAUCUAUGAAUUUUGAUGUUGAAUAUAAGUUGGUUUAUGUGCCCUCGGCACCAGUAGAUUACCUGCUUCUGGAUGUUUUUCCGCCAUGAAGAAACUUUGGUGAAUAUCAUGUGGAAUGAAAAAUUCCCUUGUAAAAUCCGCACACCAAUUUUUGACCUUGUAAAAUGGAAAAAAACAGUUCAGGUUACCCAUAGUUGCCUUCAGUAACUAGAGAUGUGACAUGUCAAUAGAAAUAUAAAUCUGAUAAGAAAGAAACGUUAUAUUACACAUUAUCCCUGCUGAGAACACUACAGAACAUACCUAUACAUGUGGAACAUGAGUCUUGGUUUUUAAUCUUUAGUUGUAGAUCAGUCAUAAUAUAUAAUGUGUUAAAGAGAGACUUGAUGUUGAAAAAUGCUCCUUGCAAAGUACAAAAAUGAUUUAUGUAUGUGACGGAGAAAGGUGAAUUUAGGCUAGAUUACAAGAUGAGCUCAAGCCAAACGUUUUAGACCUGACAGACAUUUCAUAUUUCAGAGUCCCAUAUUAAAAUGAUCCCGAAAACAUCAUGGCAUGUAUUAUUGGCAACAGAAGCUCCUCUUUUAUGUAUAAGUUCCGCGAGGUAUCUGAAAGUAAUAAGUUUAAUUAACUUAUCAUUUAGCAUCGUCUGUUAUCCAUAGAAACUUUGUUGAAUAGUUCAUGGCAAUGUAUAUGUUUUCGCGCAUGCAAAAAGUGAGGAUGAAGUUGCACUAUUACCUUUUCAACUUAAGUACGCAAAUAUGAAUCAAAGAAAUUUCCUUUGAUUCAUCAAUUAAAACGUAUAAUUUUUACUUAUUUAUGGAAACAUUCUCAUAUCUUCUUCAAUCUGGUUUUAUUGAUCUUUCUGUUUUAAAGUGACCUAGUUUACUAUCGAAAAACCUAGGAAUUGUACGGUGAGCUAUGAUAGCGUAGCUUUUAAUGGGCAUUAUUUAAGUAUUAUGCAUAUUCGCGUAAAGACAGUUCAAUAGCCCUAACUUGUGUAUUUUUAACUUAGCACGAUUUUUUUCUCUCUUAUUUUCUGACCGCAGGUUAAAGUUAUGGUUAAGUUGUAAGAGUCCAGUGGUACCUGUCAUUGUAUAUUUUCUUUUCAA